GGGGGAACGAGCUUUGAGGGUCAACGCAAGCUCUACUCUGCCACACACAUUCAUGCAGCACCCUGGCUGAUCGGACUCCUCUUUGGAUAUUUCCUGCAUUUAAAUCGCAACAAGUCUUUCAAGCUGACUCGCAUUUCGAUUUGGUUGGGUUGGAUAGUCAGCUUGCCCCUCUUGUUUACUUCAUUGUUUGCUCUGUAUUCAGCUGCGCAAUCGGGUACAGCAGCUCUGACCAUGUUGGAGCAGGCCUUCUAUUAUACACUGACUCGAAUCGCGUGGCCCCUCUCCUUAUGCUGGGUGGUAUUUGCCUGUAUGAAAGGAUAUGGAGGAUUGGCUGACAGUUUCCUCUCCUCACCAUUAUGGCAACCACUCUCAAGACUUUCCUACUCUGCCUAUAUCUUCCAUGUCUAUAUACAGCUGGUGAACGAUAAACGAGUGCGAUCACCAUCGUAUUUAUCGGACUACGAUAUGAUUUUAGACUUUCAGCUUCACUGUGCUGAUGGCUUAUGUGAUGCACAUCAUUUUGGAAGCACUCUGGGGAGCUCUCGAGGACAUUCUCUUGUCUCAACGUCGCCCAAAGCAAAGGACUGAAGUAUUGAAUAAGACACAGGUUGAUACAAGAAAAUUUCACCGAUCCCUGUGAUGAUUUGUUAAUAAAAUUAAAUAUGUUAAGACACAAUCAUAACCAU